UGCGCACUACGGUAGGAGCAGGCCAUGGGAUUCCGCAGCGUAUCUGCCACGAUGCCUGGGUCUCUUCCAGUGAAUGCUGAAUCCUGUUGGCCCAAAGAUGUGGGAAUUGUGGCACUGGAAAUAUAUUUUCCCUCUCAGUAUGUUGACCAGACAGAGCUGGAGAAGUAUGAUGGUGUGGAUGCUGGGAAGUACACCAUUGGGCUAGGCCAGGCAAGGAUGGGGUUCUGCUCUGACCGUGAAGAUAUCAAUUCCCUCUGCUUGACUGUGGUUCAGAAGCUCAUGGAGAGGAAUAACCUUUCCUAUGAUUGUAUUGGGAGAUUAGAAGUUGGAACGGAGACCAUAAUUGACAAAUCAAAGUCUGUGAAGACUGUCCUGAUGCAGCUUUUUGAAGAGUCUGGUAAUACAGAUGUAGAAGGAAUCGACACCACCAAUGCAUGCUAUGGAGGCACUGCUGCUCUUUUUAAUGCCAUUAAUUGGAUUGAGUCCAGUUCCUGGGAUGGACGCUAUGCCCUCGUGGUGGCUGGAGAUAUCGCUGUGUAUGCCUCUGGAAAUGCCAGGCCCACUGGGGGAGCUGGUGCUGUUGCAAUGCUGGUUGGACCAAAUGCACCGUUGAUUUUUGAGAGAGGAUUGCGUGGAACCCACAUGCAGCAUGCGUAUGACUUCUAUAAACCAGACAUGGUCUCUGAAUAUCCUGUAGUGGAUGGCAAGCUCUCCAUACAGUGCUACCUCAGUGCAUUAGACCGGUGCUACACCGUCUAUCGCAACAAAAUCCACGCCCAGUGGCAAAAGGAGGGGAUGGACAGACAUUUUACCUUGAAUGACUUUGGGUUCAUGAUCUUCCAUUCUCCGUACUGUAAACUGGUACAGAAAUCUGUGGCUAGACUCUUGCUGAAUGACUUUCUCAGUGACCAGAACCCAGAAACAGCAACUGGUAUUUUCAGUGGUCUGGAAGCUUUCAGGGAUAUAAAACUUGAAGAUACAUACUUUGACAGAGAUGUGGAAAAAGCUUUUAUGAAAGCUAGUACAGAGCUCUUCAAUCAGAAAACCAAAGCUUCAUUACUUGUAUCCAAUCAGAAUGGAAAUAUGUAUACCCCUUCAGUCUAUGGUUGCCUUGCUUCUCUUCUAGCCCAGUACACCCCAGAGCAGCUUGCGGGACAGAGAAUCAGUGUGUUCUCAUAUGGCUCUGGUUUUGCUGCUACCCUGUAUUCCAUCAGGGUGACACAGGAUGCCACUCCUGGUUCUGCACUGGACAAAAUAACUGCCAGCCUUUCUGAUCUCAAAACAAGACUUGACUCAAGAAAAUGUGUUGCAAGGUAAGAACCUAAUAAAUGUCAAUCAUUCCUAGUCCUAGAGCAAAAUGCUUAUCACUUAGCCAAUUAUAUUCCGCAGUGUUCAGUGGAGGAUCUCUUUGAAGGAACAUGGUACCUUGUGCGUGUGGAUGAGAAACACAGGAGAACUUACGCCCGGCGCCCACUUAUGAGCGAUGGACCUCUGGAAGCAAGAGUUGGAGUUGUCCACCCAGGCGUUGUUCAUGAGCACAUCCCAAGCCCUGCUAAGAAAGUGCCAAGAAUCCCUGCAACAACAGAAUCUGAAGGCGUUACUGUCGCCAUUUCCAAUGGGGAGCACUAAGAUACCUCUGUGAGGUGGGGAAAGAAACAAGGUGUGAGGGCAGGGUGACAGAGAGAGAGAGAAAAAGGAUUGCAGUAGCACUGAAGUUUCAGUGUACAGUAGUACUUAAUUGGAGCAUGAAAAACUGUUUAGGCUCCUUGAAAAAAAUCAUCAUUAUAUGGUGUGCUGAUUUUAUAGUAUUUUCAGAACACUACAAUCAGGAGUAUAUUGGAGAUAGAAGGACUUGCCAGGUGCUGUGGGGAUUCCUUAACAUGUCUGAACUUUUUUAAUUGCUGAGAAAUAGCUGUAGUUUAUUACAAAGUCAUCAUACACAGAAAGGAAAAAAAAGGAAUCUUCUGCCUGCUCUUCCAUGUAAAAUGACUUGAAACCUACACUGUUAACUUCUACUAGUACUCAAGUGUGUGCGAAAUAGUCCAAGCUUUUAAUGUUAGGGUUCUCAGUGCCUUGACAGUAAGCAGUCAACCUUCUGAAUACUGCAAUUCUCUUUCACUUUAUCACCUUCCCUUUCAUCUCCCAGUCUGCCUCCCAUCACCCCAUUGCUUUGGGAUAGGCAUAGAGCCAAGAACAUCUGUUUCUGGAAUAGAAUCUCUCUUCCCUGUCAAAAUGACCGGAUCAAGAACAGCUAGGCUGACAAGUGGUUUUCUUAGAAGAAACUCCGUGAUCCAAUUUCUUAGUUACUGUGUAAUCCCUCCUAACAUCUUACAUGUUUUAUACCUGCAUUCUAAGUCACAGGAGACUGGGAGGAAAGAUUUAGAAGAAGGGAGGUAGUAAAUUUUUUAUUCUAAAGAAAGGGGAUCAUUGAUUUGGCACCAUAAUGGAUUGCUUAGUAGAAUAUCCAAGGCAGCAGACUUUCCAAAUACAAUUUAGAGCUAUUGUGGAGCUGUUUUAAUUGGCCAGCGAAGGAAGAGACUGAUGUUCAUCACUUUGUCUGGAACUCCAGCCUAUUAGUUGUCUUUAUAUAAUACAUUUCCAAAUGACUCUUUCUCGCUUUGAAUUUGGCUUUGUACUUUGCAGUUGUUCUCACUAUUGUUAAUACUGUAGGAGUGGAGUCUUUCAUUUCUUUCCCCCUUCCCCAAUGUGCAAGCUAAAGUUAUCCAUUUUGCAAGCAGUAGAUACAUAUACAGUGGUUAUGGGGAGUCCAUUCUGGUAGAUUUUUAAAGCCCAGAUUGGAAGUGAACUAUGAUAUGAGCCUUUUAAGCUUGUAAUAUAUAUAUAUAUACAUACAUAUAUAUAUAUAUAUAUAUUUAAGUUGAGCUAAUGUACAGAAUGAAGUUUCAUUGAGUUUAUUUCUUUGCUAAUUCUACAAAGCUACAUCAUCUAAUAUAAAGUAGCAAAAAAUUAUUUCUGUUAAUUACAUUUUUUUGUGUGUGUGUAAUGAAGUGUUUGUAUUACCUGUCACUCACUAGGAUUUGAUAACUUGCUGUAUUUGUACAGUCAAGCCUUGACAAAUAGUUGUUUAUUAUAAAUUGACGAAUACUAAUCUGUUUGUUCUGCUGAAAAUGAUGGAGCAAUGCAUGAUGAUAGUGUUUGCAAGUAUUUUGGUUUAGGCUGCCCUCAUGAAACUUAACCUUGGCACCUGUAAAACAAACUGUCAUGGAACAAAGUCCAUUGCUGGCAGUGGACAAGCCAAGAAGUGAGCUACUGGCACAGGCCUCACGGGUCUGUGAGGCUGAUCCUUUAUUAAAAUAAAGUUUGAGAUAUUUGAAACCUG